AUGUCGGCUCAACCUUAUAGAUUAGCGUCAGUGCUAGCUGGACAUGACCAAGAUAUAAAAGCGAUAGCAGCAGCAACGGACGACCUUAUUAUUUCAGCAGCUCGUGAUAAAACAGUUCGUUCCUGGUCUCGUAUUGCACCUAAUGGCUUUUCACUUCACAACAUUUACUUGGGACAUGAUCACUUUGUUAAUUCUUUGGCCAUUAUUAAGCCAAACGAGGCUUUUCCAGAAGGCUUAAUCGUUUCUAGUGGCUCUGACAAGUUUAUCAAUGUCUAUCAGCCUAAUCAGCCUGCUGAGCCUCUUUAUACUCUUAUUGGACAUACUGAGAAUGUCACAACAUUAAAGGCAACACCAUCUGGCUAUAUUGUGUCUGGCUCAUGGGACAAGAAGGUUAUUGUUUGGAAAGGAUUUCAAAAGGCUUAUUCUCUCGAGGGACAUGAAGCAGCUGUUUGGGCUGUACUUCCCUUGAAUGAUGAUACUAUUUUGACAGCUUCAGCUGAUAAAACAAUUAGAUUAUGGAAGAAUGGAAAGCUUGCACACACUUAUCAAGGUCAUACUGAUGCUGUCAGAGGUUUAGCUCUAGUGACAAAUGACACAUUUGUGUCUUGCUCAAAUGAUGCAACCUUGCGUGUUUGGAAACUGGAUGGAACCUGUUUACAAGUGUUGUAUGGACAUACUUCCUUUGUAUAUUCUGUAGAUGUUUUAGGCUCAGGAGAAUUUAUCUCAUCAGGGGAAGAUCGCACUGUGCGUGUGUGGAAAGAUGGGGAAUGUGUUCAGACCAUUCAGCAACCCUGUAUUUCAGUCUGGUCAGUCGCAGGAUUACCAAAUGGUGACAUAGUCGUUGGUGGAAGCGAUGCAGUAGUUCGUAUAUUUACUCGUGAUGAAAAGAGAAUGGCGCCUGCCGAAGCAUUAAAGGAGUUUGAUGAGCUUUUAGCAAACCAGGCUAUACCAUCAAAUCAAAUCGGCGAUGUUAAUAAGAAUGAUCUACCUGGGCCUGAAGCAUUGACUAAGCCAGGAACAAAGGAAGGUCAAGUUAUUAUGGUUAAUGUAGGGGCAAAUGUUGAAGCACACCAAUGGAGUAGUCAAACACAAAGCUGGCAAAAGAUUGGCGAAGUCGUUGGAGGUGUUGGAUCAGGUUCUAAUAAGCAACUCUAUGAGGGAAAAGAAUAUGAUUACGUUUUUGAUAUUGACAUUGGAGCUGGACCAGGUGGCAAUCUUAAACUUCCAUACAAUGUCACUCAGAACGCUUACGAUGCUGCAGAAAAAUUUUUAAUAAAACAUGAUCUUCCUCAGUCAUUUAGAGAAGAAAUUGCAACAUUUAUUAUCAAAAAUACAGGAAGUGUCAAUCUAGGAUCCGGCGAAUAUCAAGACCCUUUCACGGGAGCAAAUAGAUACACACCAGUACCGAACUAUCAAACUACCAAUACAUCAGGCGCCUUUGUAGACCCUUUCACUGGCCAAGGCUCUUACCGUCCUACACAACCCACUGUUCCAACUUCCUCAUCAGCUAACUACAACGAUCCCUUCACAGGAAAAAAUUCGUACCAGACCUCUAGUACAGCAGGAAAAGUUUUACCUAUUAAAAACUACUUGACAUUGAAACAAGCUAAUCUGGAUGCUGUAAGGAACAAGAUCUAUACUUUCAGCGCUGAACUAGCGCCAGUACAUUUGUAUGAUGAACAACUCCAAGAUUUAGAGGCCAUUAUCUGUUAUAUCAAAGAUCCAACUGGAAAAGCAAGCGUUGUAUCACUUGCAGUGAUUGUGAAAAUGUGCACAAUGUGGCCAGAAGACAAACGAUUCCCCGCACUGGAUCUCCUUCGCUUGCUUGCUUUAUACUAUCCUGAAGAGCUAAAUAGUAUGGUACAGGAUAUAGUUACUUUCAUAAAAGUAGCUGGUGGCCUGUCGCCCACAUCAGCUGGAAAUGAAACAAAUGCUAUGCUUGCCUUCCGUGCGCUGGCUAAUCUGUUCAACACAGAAUAUGGCCGUCAAAUUAUGUGGGAGAAGCGCACCUUAAUAGCAGAAAUCAUGCAGGUCGAUAUUACGGGUAGGUUCAAGUCGAAAGCAGCAAGAUUAGCACAGAGUACAUUAGCAGUCAAGUAA